AUGCCUUGUAAUCCACUUUUCGGUAAAAAUAGACCCUUACACCGUAAAUUAGUGGUGUUAGGUGACGGCGCUUGUGGUAAAACUUCUCUUUUAAAUGUAUUUACAAGAGGUUAUUUUCCACAGGUAUAUGAACCAACGGUAUUCGAAAAUUAUGUACAUGAUAUAUGGAUUGAUAACCAACAAAUUGAAUUAUCCCUUUGGGAUACAGCAGGCCAAGAAGAAUUUGACCGGUUACGUUCUUUAUCUUAUGCUGAUACACAUGUUGUUAUGUUGUGUUUUGCUGUGGACCAUCGAGACUCACUUGAAAAUAUUGAGUCAAAAUGGAUGUCGGAAAUUACUGAACAUUGUCCAGGUGUCAAGCUUGUCUUGGUUGCCUUAAAAUGUGACCUGAGGGAGGAUAGUAAUAUUAUAAAAAGUAUGCAACGAUAUGGUGACAGGCCGGUUACUUAUGAAGAGGGACUCCAUGUAGCUCAAAAUAUCAAUGCAUCCAGAUAUUUAGAAUGCUCUGCGAAGCACAAUAGAGGCGUACGAGAGGCCUUUGAACAAUCAGCCCGUGUGAGCAUUCACGCAAGACCAAAAGGUGCACCACAUGAUCCAAGCAAUGUGAGAUGCAUAAUACUUUAA